CUUGAGUAAACUCUAAUUAGUUUAAUUUUGUGUCUAUUCAAAGAUGAAAUUAAUAUAAUUAAUUUCAAUUGGGUUCUAAUUAUUUUUACCUUUAAUCAAUUAACCCUUUGUGUUGCAUUUAUCCAGUUCUCAGUCAGAGGUUCGAUUGGUUCCCUAUGAGGUGAAAUUCGCUUUAAGAAAUCAUCUAAAAUUUUCUCUUCUCUUUCUUCUGAUUUUGCUUUGCCAAGAAUCAUUUUCUUAUCUCAAGUUGAGCUUUUUUGUUAUUGUUGAGACGAAUUCACAUUUUCCUUUUUUUUCCUCUGCUCUUUUUCUCUUUUCAUUUGCAAUUAUUCAUCAAUUUUUCAAGAGACAAUUAUGGUCGUCUGCAAAUACUAUCAAACUGGCUUCUGUAGAUUCGGUGAUCGAUGUCGAUUUGAGCAUGUUGAUCGGGUAGAUUAUCCAAACAAUCAAAAUCAACGGUAUCCUGAACAGUAUGUAAACCGAUUCCCAGGGUCAACUUAUAUCAAUAACCCGGUUGCUACUGUGGUUACCGGAAUCGGAUCGGGUUAUAACCAACGAGGUCCAAUGGUUGCUCUUAAAAAGCCUGACCAAUAUCAUUAUGUUGCUUCGGUGUAUGAUAGGCAAUUUCAGCCAAAUUGUGGACAAUCAUUUAACCAUCAAAGUAGACCACAACAUGGUCAUACUGGACACUCAGGAAAUGGUGGUGCCAAUACCAAUAAUGGUACAAAUGGUUUAGCUCAUCAAAGCCAUCAUCCUCAUCAACAGCAACAUGGUAUCAUACCUGUUCAAUAUUGGCAAGUUCAACAACAGCAACAACAGCAGCAGCAAGUUCAACAACAACAACGUCACCAUCAACAUCAACAACAGCAGCAACAACAACAAAGGCAUCAACAAAUGCAAUCUGCAUCCCUGCAUCAUCAUCAUCAGUCUCACUCGAGCAAUCAAAGGCAAACCCAAGUAGGUCAUCAUGGUCAAGGUCAAAGCGGAGGACAUCCUGGCCCCUCUGGAUCAGGAGUCCAACACCACCAACAAUCAGCUGGAUUUAGCUUCAAUCAAAAGCUUAAAGAGAUUGAGUCCAGUCAAAAGCCUCAAGCUGGGUUUAGUUUCAAUCGGACUCUUCAGCAAAUUCAUCAACAAUAUCAGCCCCAUUUAGCUCAACAGGCUCAAAAUCAAUACUAUCUAACCCCAACGCCUAUGUUAACUGUUCCUGUUCAAACACCUUAUUACGGAGUAACUAUGCCUAUGCCAAUGGCUGCUAAUCAAUUAGCACCGAUGUUUCCCUCAAUGUUGCCAACCAAUAAUGGAGAUCCAAAAAUGAUCACCUCAUAUUUACCUCAACAACAAUCAACCCAAGGCAAGAUCUCAAUGAAUCUCUCCGAUGAUGAUAGUGGUAUUUAUAGCAUAAUGAGCUCUCUCACUCCCGAAGAACUGAAUCAAUAUAAGGCUGAUAAAUUUACAUUUCCUCAUAUUCCAAUCAACCCUCCACCAAAGGAACUUUGCCUUUGAAGUUGACACCAACAUUCCUAGUCAAAUACAAUUGAUUAAAUCAAAUGUGAAAACAAAUUUCUUUUCUCAAACAAAAUAGGAAAAUUCAAAAUUUACAAUUGAUACCAUUUUUAGUAGUUAAACUAAUUUAUAAAAUGGAAAAUCUUUGAUCUCUUUUCUUCUAUUUCUUAUGCUCUCUCUCUCUCUCAAUUUCUCUUUUUCUGUAAUGUUGAAUUCCCAAUGUUUUCAUUCGUGAGAUUGUUCCGAGGAAAAUGCUUUUCUCGCCCUAUUUUUAGCGAAUGAGUUCUUAAUUCUGUCUUUUAAUUCCAGGAGAUAAUAAACUUGUUCCCCUCAAGAAAAA